ACGUCUGGGGUGGGGCCUGCGGUCAAGUUCCAGACUCCCUCCGCUCCGCCCCCACCGGCGCCUCCUCGCGGACCAUCCGACGCGUCACGUGACGGGUCGGCGCUGCUGGCGGUUGCUGUCAGCUGAUACCACGGGUUGGUGGCAGCAGCAGCCGCGGCGAUGGACUUUCUCCUGGGGAACCCAUUCAGCUCUCCAGUGGGACAGCGCAUAGAGAAAGCUACAGAUGGCUCCCUGCAGAGCGAGGACUGGGCCCUCAACAUGGAGAUCUGUGACAUCAUCAACGAGACGGAGGAAGGUCCCAAAGAUGCCUUUCGAGCGAUCAAGAAGAGAAUCACGGGGAAUAAGAACUUCCACGAGGUGAUGCUGGCUCUCACGGUCUUGGAAACCUGUGUCAAGAACUGUGGGCACCGCUUCCACGUGCUGGUGGCCAGCCAGGACUUCGUGGAGGGUGUGCUGGUGAGGACCAUCCUGCCCAAGAACAACCCACCCACCAUCGUGCACGACAAGGUGCUCAACCUCAUCCAGUCCUGGGCUGACGCGUUCCGCAGCUCGCCUGACUUGACGGGUGUCGUCGCCGUCUACGAGGACCUGCGGAGGAAGGGUCUGGAGUUCCCGAUGACCGACCUAGAUAUGCUGUCGCCCAUCCACACGCCCCAGAGGACCGUGUUCAGCUCGGAGACACCAUCAGGACAGAAUUCUGUGGGCACCGACGCCAACCACCGGGGGAACAGCCAGCACACGGCUCCUCUGCCCACUCCAGUCGUGCUCCCCAGCGACUCACCCAUCACGCCAACCCCUGAGCAGAUCGGGAAGCUGCGCAGCGAGCUGGAGAUGGUGAGUGGGAACGUGAGGGUGAUGUCGGAGAUGCUGGCGGAGCUGGUGCCCACCCAGGCAGAGCCUGCAGACCUGGAGCUGCUACAGGAGCUCAACCGGACGUGCCGAGCCAUGCAGCAGCGGGUGCUGGAGCUCAUCCCCCGGAUCGCCAACGAGCAGCUGACCGAGGAGCUGCUCAUCGUCAACGACAAUCUCAACAACGUGUUCCUGCGCCACGAACGGUUUGAGCGGAUCCGAACAGGCCAGACCACCAAGGCCCCAAGUGAGGCCGAGACGGCCGCUGACCUCAUCGACAUGAGCACUGACCCAGCAGCCACCAGCAGCCUCUCAUCCCAGCUGGCAGGAAUGAAUCUGGGCUCCAGCAGUGUGAGAGCUGGCCUGCAGUCUCUGGAGACCUCUGGCCGGGUGGAGGACGAGUUCGACAUGUUUGCGCUGACACGGGGCAGCUCGCUGGCUGACCAGCGGAAAGAGGUAAAAUACGAAGACCCCCAAGCUACAGACGGCCUGGCUGGAGCCCUCGAUGCCCGGCAGCAAAGCACCGGAGCGAUGGGAGGCAGCAGUGAGAAGAGCCUCAGUGACUGGAUGGUGAGACAAGGCAUGAUCCCCGUCACCCAGGCCUGCCUCAUGGAGGACAUCGAGCAGUGGCUGUCCACUGACGUGGGGAACGAUGCGGAGGAGCCCAAGGGUGUCACCAGCGAAGAAUUUGACAAGUUCCUGGAAGAAAGGGCCAAAGUGGCUGAUCGGUUGCCCAACCUCUCCAGUCCCUCGGCCGAGGGGCCCCCGGGACCCCAUCCUGGCACCGCCCCUCGAAAGAAGACCCAGGAGAAAGAUGACGAUAUGCUGUUUGCCUUAUGAGUGGGGGCUGGCACCCUGCGGCCCAAACCUUGCUGCUCCCACCCCCCUGGGCUGGGGUCCCCUCCCUCCUUCAGUGUUAAGGCUGCUUAGGGGGUCGCUUGUUACCCUCUUCUCUCCUCCCUGAGGUUGGGCAUGUGGGAAGUGGGAAGGCAGCAGGUGAAGCGGGGGAACGGGUCAGUGCUUCACGGGGACCCCGGCCACUCCUGCCUCUUUCCCCACCCCAGCCGACUGCUGGGACUUAGCUGAGACCUGGGUGGCCUGGGACAGACAGGCUGGCUGCUUGGUGGCCCCUCCUUGCCCUGGGUGAUCCCAUCCCUGGACCUGUCCCCUGAGGAGCCCUCUGCAGAGCCCACGCUACCAGUCAGGGUCUGGCUGGGAGCUGGACGCAGAAGCUCCUGCGCAGUGUUUGGCCGCCCCCUGGCCCCUGCCUCCUGGAGCCGGAAGGCUCUGGCCCACUGUCGAGGGCGGGGAUGGGGCCCUCUGCUGAGCUGCACAGUGUCUGGGUACGAAGCUGCACGUUGUGGGGCCAGAGUACCCCCGCCCCAGGCCGCGGGGGAGCUUCGGGGCGUGCCAGGGGCCCGCAGUCUCCUCACUGCCUUUGCCCCCGCCCUUCCUCUUCCUCCCGGGCUUGGGCCACCCACCUGUUGGUUGAUCCUCUUGUACUGGGAGAGGUGCCUUUAUGAUACCCCCUAUUAAAAGGUAGAA